ACCUAAUCUCUCGUCAUUUGGAUUUGGGCUCCAUUUUCCCGCUAUCUUAUUAAAAGCCUAGAAAAAAAAGUGAGAACCAGCGCACCAGCAGGCAUCUCUCUCUUUCUCCCUCCUUAUGACUUCGGUUUCGACUUCUCUGUCUCUGAAGGACUACCUCAAGAAAUACACAGACUCGGACCAGGCCAAAAAGGAUAAGACGAAGAAGAAGAAAAAGAAGAAGGAGGAGAGAGAGAAGAAGACCGGCCCUAGUGGCGUACUUGUUGUGGAUGAGGACCCAAUAUGGCAUCGACAAGUGGGAGAAGAAGAUGAUGAGAGAGAAGAUGGGGAUUGUCCUGAUGAGAAACCCCAAGUUGACGAAGAUAUAGAGGUUAAGCGUAUGAAGAGGCUGGAAGAAAUUCGUGCUAAGAAACCCUAUCUUUCUGUAUCUUCAGAUGGGAGUGGAUGGGUUUCUGUCUCUGAUUCAAAACCCAAUUCCAAAACCCUUAGCUCAAGUGUUAGAGAAGAAUCCCCUGAUUUAUCACCAGCUCGCCAUCCACCCCAUUUGCCUUCUUCAACUAAUCAAAGACACGAUUCACCUGAUUUGUCGCCUCCUCGCCAGAAUGAUCGAAAUUUUUCUCCCCCCAAAUUGCCUUCACACUCGAGAAAAGAUGAAUCAUCCAGUUUAUCACCUCCUCGUCAAAAUUAUCGAAAUUAUUCUAUACGCAAAUUGCCUUUUUCUUCAAAUAGGAGGCAUAAUUUGCCUGAUUUAUUACCACCUCGACAAAGAUAUCGCAAUUCUCCUCCACCUCAGUUGCCUUCUUCUUCAAAUAGGAGGCAUGAUUCACCUGAUUUAUCACCACCUCGACAGAGAUAUCGCAAUUCUCCUUCAACUCAAUUGCCUUCAUCGUCAAAACGACACAACUCGCCUGAGUUGUUGCCUCCUCGCAAAAGGCAUCGAGAUUCCCCACCCCCCAAAUUGCCACCAUCUUCAAAUAGAAGAAGACACGAUUCCUCCAGUCUGUCUCUGCCUCGACGAAGACAUGAUUCUACUGAUUUCUCUCCACCUCGUCAAAGAGGUGGAAAUUCUCCGUCUCCCAAAUUGCCUUCUUCAGAAACAAUAAGACAUGAUUCUCCUGACUUGUCUCGACCUCGUCGAAGGGGUCGAAAUUCUCCCCAAUUUCCUUCAUCCAGAACUAUAAGACAUGAUUCUCCUGAUCUAUCUCCACCUCAUAAAAAAUGUCGAGAUUCUCAAUCCCAAUUGCAUGGAGGAAGAGAUGGGGGCUGGGGUGAAGUGAGAGACUUGUCGCCUUCGAGGAGAGGUGGGUCUAAGGAGAUUGAUCUCUCUCCUCCAAGGAAGAAAGCAAAGGAUCCGAAAGGGGCUGAAGCUGGACGGUCUGGUCUCUUCAUUGCAGGAGAAAUCAAGAAGGAGAUUGAGAAGAAGAAGAGAGAAGAGUCCUUGAGGUUCUCCCAGAUGGAUCCUUCUGUAAGUGGGCGUGGUGCAGAACCUGUUUAUCGUGAUAAAGAGGGAAAAAAAGUGUCGAUGGAGGAGUAUAUAAAGUUAAAGCAGGGAAAACCAAAACCGGAGGAAAAGAAGUUGGAAUGGGGCAAAGGCUUAGCUCAAAAGAGAGAAGCUGAAGCUAGAGAACAGGAACUGGAACUAGAAAAGAAUAAACCAUUUGCCCGGAGCAGAGACGAUCCUGAACUUGAUAAAAUGUUGAAGGAGAGGAUCCAUUGGGGUGAUCCAAUGGCUCAUUUGGUUAAGAGGAAGCUUUCUGAGCCAGUCCUAGAAGAUCUUGGCAAUAAUGAGGAAAUGAAGGAAUCAGGUUUUAUCAUACCACAAACUAUUCCUAGUCAUAGUUGGUUAAAAAGGGGAAUUCAUCCACCUGGAAACCGCUAUGGUAUAAGACCGGGAAGACAUUGGGAUGGAGUUGAUCGUAGCAAUGGUUUUGAGAAGGAGAUGUUCAAGAAACAAAACGAGAAACGCGCCAAGGAACAGGAAGCCUAUCUCUGGUCUGUGUCUGAUAUGUAGGAAAAGCCCUGUUUGAAUCCUUUUUCUUGGUCUCUGCAGAGAGAGAGAGGACGGUGAUAGUCUAAAUGCCACUAUACUUCCCAAACAAGAUUAGUUCAUGUUUCCGACGAGAAUCCGCUGUCUCUAUGUUGGAUGUGUCGAGAUUAGUGCUUUUUGUACGUUAGUCUUUGGAAGGCUGGCUCCACAAUAUAAUCGAAGAUGCUCUCUCUCUCUCUCUCUCUCUCUCUCUCUCUCCCUCUAUAUCUCUCUACCCCAAUUAACUAUGGUGAAAAUUAUUACGCCGUUGUUAUAGUGGAUCUUGAAUACUUCCCCAAAAAUUUUUAUGCGCAUGCACGUACACGCUCUCUCUUUUUCGCCA